AUGAGCGGACUGCGGCGUGUGCUGGAGACUCGCCCCGAGUUUCUGGCAACCGCAGUUCCGCCGGUAAUUCGCAUUUCUUCGCCCAUUUUUGACUCCGACCCUGAGGAGUACAUACGGUUGGGUUUAACUCCCCACCAUUCCGUGGAGGUGACCACAUUGUCAGGAGAAACUGUCACGGACAAGAGAGUGCUACACGGACGGUUUUUACACAUUACAGACCUCCACCCGGAUGAACUGUGCAAAAUUGGCGGAGCCUUUGUUAACCAGUGUCAUAAAGCCGACAAGAAAGCUAAGUCGGACGAGAAAAUGCACCGCUUCGGAGACGCAAUGAGCGGCUGCGAUUCGUCGUUGGAUUUGUACAAACAUACUCUGGCCUGGAUUAGAGAGAAUCUCAAGGAUAAAAUAGAUUUCGUUGUCUGGACUGGUGACAACGUGAGACAUGAUAACGAUAGAAAAUACCCCCGGUUCGAAAAAGAGAUUCUUGAUAUGAAUGAAAAGGUUGCUAAACGGAUGAGCGAGACAUUCCUGGACGAUGGAGAAGAGACAAUAUAUCCUCUUGACCGUCGGGUCAAGAUUAUCCCCAGCCUGGGAAACAAUGAUGUCUAUCCGCACAAUCUUUUCGCUCCUGGUCCGACGCUGCAAACGAGGGAAAUGUACAAGAUAUGGAGGAACUUUGUUCCCACAGAACAGCUCCAUACGUUUGAUAGAGGCGCCUACUUUUUCAGAGAGGUGAUACCCAACGAGCUGGCAGUGGUGUCCAUCAACACACUGUAUUUGUUCAAGUCGAAUCCGCUCUGCGAUAACUGUUACAAUCGUAAACAGCCGGGUUACAAGCUUUUCGAAUGGCUCGGAGUGGUGUUGAAAGAAUUACGGAAACGCAAGAUGAAGGUCUGGCUGACUGGCCAUGUUCCACCGGUGCCCAAAAACCUCCACUAUAGCUGUCAUGCUAAAAUGAGCGUUUGGCAGCACGAGUACCGUGACAUUAUCAUCGGCUCUCUAUAUGGACACAUGAACAUUGACCACUUUGUUCCACUGGAUAGUGUCAAGUCCUGGAGAAUGCUUGAGAAAAAACUGGGACCCCGAGAACAACUUGGUUAUAAGACCUACGAUGAUGACGAGGAUAUCGACGACAUGGAUAUUUAUGAGCAGUUUGAUCUACUUGACGACGAUUUCGACGUUUUGCGUGCCUCGCAAAGGUACGAGGGAGCCACCUCUGGGAAAGUCACCUAUUUAGAGACAGUCAGAGAUACUCUUUACGCGAAACUCAAGGGACCGAAGAAAUACGGCAGACACGGUGAAAGAUACUCGUUUGCGCACGUUUCUGCCUCGAUAGUCCCCACCUUCAAUCCUGGGUUCCGUGUUUGGGAGUACAACGUUACCGAGUUGCAGAAAAAAGAGGUGGAAACAUUCCAGCCAUGGGACGAUUUUUUCGCCGAUCUCGAGCUCGAGCUUCAAGAGAACGAUAUAGCAGCGGAACAAGUUGAGUCUGCUGCCGUCCCACGCAAGGACAAGACGCUGCCGCCAAUCAUGCCCGACACUGCAGCUCUUGGUCCUGCGUACACCCCGCAACUAUUUUCUCCUGAACGCUACACGCAGUACUUCCUUGAUUUGGAAGAGGCCGCCAAGGACGAGGAGUGGGUGUUUGAUUUCAAGCCGCAAUACUCAACAGACAGCAAACCUUACAACAUGGAGAGUCUGCUGGUUGCUGAUUGGAUCAAGCUUGCACGCAAGCUGGCAAAGUCCAAGCCAGUGGACAAGUCCGACGUCGACACAGAAAGUGCAGCUAAGCUGUGGGACACGUAUCUGAACCGGGCGUUCAUCAAGACCCACUACGAGGACCUGCCGUUUGCCAGAGACUAA